AUCGACACAAAUGGUAAGUUGUUCCAGAAGUUGAUCUGUGAAGGGUUCAUAUACACUGAUAGGCUUUCAGAUUAUUUAGAGGAUAUUGGGGGUGGUAAAUUUGAAUUAGAUCCCUUAACUGACUUUUACCACCCAGCCCUAAUUCUACCUCUAUCUAUCUUAGCGAAUAGAUCAGAUAUUUGUAAAAAGUUCCCCAUUAGUGUGGAAUUCGCUAUUGAGGAAAUAAUUUGGGAGCAUAAAGAGACAAAAGUUUGGAGAAAAGAUAUACUCACGAAAUUCCUCUAUCACCCGAAUUUGACCUCUUCGAAAUAUAGACCAGGUGCCUUAUAUAAUGCAUUCAUCAAG